AUGGAAGAAUCUCCUCCAGCGGCUCCAUGCACUCUCAAAUGGUUUUAUCAACUCGAGGGCUUUGUAAAAUGGUCCAGCCGCCCUGAUGGAGGCUGGCUGUGGUAUACUGCCGACCCUGGAUUUGGAAAGUCAGUGCUUUGUCGCCAAAUUGUGGAGCAACAUCAGAAUGUGUCAAGCCUGUUGGUCACCUACUUUUUUUUUAUGGAGACUGAUCCAUCGCACAGCACGAUGGAGUAUGCUUUGCAGGCCUUGCUUCAUCAGCUCUUGAUCGCCCGACCAAGCCUUCUGAAGGUUGCAGCUAGUUAUCUGGAACAAUACGGCAACGCCGUCCUACGAGAAUUCAGCUCUCUUCGUCACAUCCUUGAGCAGUGCCUGGCUCAUCUACCCGGAGCAGAAAUACUAUGUGUCUUUGAUGCACUGGAUCAGUGCAGCAACUUGCAACUCUCACGUUUUAUGGACUGCAUGACUUCACUUCUCAAAAUCUGCAACAACAACUACGGUCAAAUCAUCCGGAUCUUCAUUUGCUGUCGACCUUAUUACGACUAUAUCCCAAUCAUUAGUGACCUCGUUCCUUCACAGGCUUGUUACUGGAUCCAAGCAAAGACAAAUCUCGAUCACAUCUCCACAGAUAUCGAGAUGUACAUCGAGCAGCAUUUUAAAAGCAUGACGAGGUACCUGACAUUAUCCAACGAUGAACUCACUCAAAUCAGUGCCAAUAUAAGAGCAAAACCGCACCAUGUCUUCCUAUGCGUAGCUCUGGCUCUCAAAAACCUUACCAAACGACCACCUUUGGAUGUGGCGACUUUGCUGGCUACUUUCAACGAGAUCCCGGACGAUCUUGAAGAGUACUACACGCGUGCUCUGAACCGCUGCCCAUUUGAAGAUAUAGCCAAAAGGGUUUUCGCGGCGGUCAUUUUUGCCCGAAGACCAUUGAUGGUCGCCGAAGCGGCACUCUUCCAUGAAGAAGGCAACAUCUCCGAACCAGUGAAUCCACUAUUAGAGAAUCGACUUGCCGAUCGAAUGCGGGAUGGAUGCGGUUUACUGGUCGAGGUCGUCAACAGCAGAGUCCGUCUCAUCCAUAACUCGUUGCAGAAGUUUCUGCUAAGGCCGAAAGGAGUAGUUGUUGAUCAUGUCAAAAGGCGACCCUCGAAAGAAUGCUUGCGAUGGAAACAUACUAUACUCGAAAGGCAGGCAGAGACCAUGCUGGCGAGAGCUUGUAUUGAACCUGGCCGUUCUGGACGGUGGACCACCUUCAGACUCUAUGCCAUCAGCCACCAGGCAUCCCAUGUUCUCGCGGCACUUCACUGUGCCAGGGAGAAUGAUCGGAAAACAGAAAUUGCGAAACUAAUUGGCCUUAGACUAGACACGAAAAUGCUGGACGAUCGAGGUAAAAGUCUUCUCCACCACGCCCUCGAUCACCAGGUAUUCAGCGUUGAUAUGAACGUGGUGCUUCUAUUGUUGCAUCAUGGAGGAUUAGUGCAGAACGCCGAUUCUGAUAGUAUGACAUGCUUGCAUUAUGCGGCUUUUCGAAACAACACACGACUUAUUCGGAUACUUCUGGAUGCCGGGUUCGAUGUCAAUGCAACUGUGGACAGAGAAAAUAUCGACGCAGCCAAUUAUAAUGCACCGAUAGUGGAUCCAAAUCGCAGAGGUCUCACACCUCUUCAUGCAGCUGUAUAUUUCUGUUGCCCAGCGGCAACACAAGCCUUGCUCGAGGCAGGCGCAGAUCCAUCAGCACGUGAUGCAUUCGGUAGUAGUCCGUUGCAUCUUGCAGUUUCCCAGACACUUCCAGGCAGACAUAUCAACGAUAUGUGGUCUGAAUCCAUGUAUAUGCCUGAGGAGAUAUGGGGAGAUCCAGGCGACGAGGCUGUGGUUGAGCAUGUGCUUGAAAAUGCCCGAAAUAUGCGUCAGUCUGUUUUGGACUGUUUAUGCGAAGUGCUAAAAACGUCCAACAAUGUCCGCGACAACGAAGGCAGAACAGCCCUCCAUCGAAUCCCCUAUGGGCGUAGCAGCUCAGUGACUAAAACUGUGUCAUUCCUGCUGGGAAGAGGUCACAAAAGACUGGCGCAGGACGCUGGAGGGAAAACACCAAUCCAUCUUGCUGCGAAAGCUGGUAAUGUCUCGUCAAUCGAGAUAUUGGUGACGCAAGCCGAGGACCUGGUACAGGCAGAUGCUGAAGGGCAUAUUGCCUUACAUCUUGCUGCACAAGCAAACCACUUGCUGACCAUCGAGUUCAUUCUCCAUCGCGCAGACUAUUUGGCGAUUGAAAAUUCAGUCGACGAUCAUAUGGGCAUGAAUGCUCUGCAUCAUGCACUUGACGGAACGUCCUUCGCAGAAAUAGACGUUAUUCGAAGACUGAUUGCAGCUGGCGUGGAUGCUACGCGCAAAGACAGCGGAGGCAGAGACCCUCUCUGCUUGUAUCUGACUAGCCCCUUGCUGGUGCCUGGAAAGCCGGACAUAUGA